AUGGCUGCUUCCACUUCCGUGCUUCCGCUCUCGUCCUUGUCAAAGGAUGAGACAAUUAUUAAACUUCCUCAUCCAUACUUUACCGAGUUCACUGUUCAAAAGACAACUCCGCCAUCUAAUAAAUCAUCUGGAGAUGUGCCAUUCUACCAGCUCAACGAGCGGCCCAAUUCCUCGAAGCAACAACUCUCAGCUCCGCUGCAUAGCUCCAAGCUGUACUUCUCUGAACCAGCCGACCUAAAGUCAAGCGAACUUCCUGCAGAUUCCAACAACGACUCCUGGGCCAGAGCAAGGCGCUCACCAUGCUCCGUUGUCAUUUGGGAUGGCGCUGAGACGCCUACCUUGGCGCAGGCCUGGUUGCUCAUAUACGUAUUGUUCACGGUUCGACCUGGCAUGGAGUCUGUACGAUUGGAGCUGAUUGGAAAGAAUGCCUCGACUCUGGGAGCUCAAUUGCGUGAUGUUCUUCUCGCAAUUGAUCAUCCACUACCUGCAAGAGAGAAGCUCGUUGCAGUCGUCAAGCCGGAUGAGUAUGUUGUUCUAGCUCUUCGGAGCACAUUUUGGCAAGGCGCUGGAUCGCCUUUCGGACCUCGACCUGUCUGGUUGCCUGCUGAGUCGCCUGCGUCUCUUUCUGGAGCUAAUCAACUGGCAUCGUACCCUCUUACUCCUCUCCAGCACACAAUUACUAUUACUUCAGCUGGCGAUCCUCAAGAUCCUGAGAGGUGUCAGCAGUCGUGGCAUCCAAUUCGGCCUGCAAAGCCUGCUCCCGGAGCUGUCGUUUACAGCAGAUGGAUUCCUCACCUGAAGGAAACUUUCUCAAUGGUUUCUUUGGACUACCAAGAUGACGAGCACUUGAGAUUGUUCCAUGAGUGGCAGAAUGACCCUCGUGUUUCGCAGGGUUGGAAUGAGACGGGCACUCUUGAGCAACAUCGAGAGUACCUACGCAACAUUCAUGAGGACCCUCAUCAGGUUGCGGUUCUAGCCAAGUGGGAUGAUGCCUACUUUGCCUACUUUGAGGUCUACUGGGCCAAGGAGGAUCGCCUCGGAGGGUACUACGAUGCAGGCGAUUUUGACCGUGGCCGCCACUCUCUCGUCGGUGACGUUCGUUUCCGUGGCCCUCAUCGUGUGACUGCCUGGUGGAGCAGCUUGAUGCAUUAUCUCUUCCUCGAUGAUCCUCGUACUAUGCAUGUCGUGGGCGAACCGAAGAACACCAACUCGACUGUUGUCAUGUAUGACCUUAUUCACGGGUUUGGUAUUGAACAUUUUGUCGACUUGCCGCAUAAGCGAAGCGCAUUUGUACGAUGUCCACGCGGUCGAUUCUUCCAGCUCUGUCCUCUCGGAGAGAGUGAGAAGGCUGUUGGUGGUAUGAGGAUUGGGUUGGUUCCGAAGUUGUAG